AUGAAAAAAAAAAAAAAAAGAAUCAAGAAAACAAAUAUACUUUACGUAAAGGAUGGAAAAAACAAACUGAAAAAUAAUAAGAAAAAGAAUAAGAUAAAGGCAAAGAAAAAAAAAAAAGAUAAAAAAGAAAAAAUUGUAUAUAACAAUAAUAUGUUGAAUAACAUUACAGGAGAAAUCAAUAUAGAUUAUAAAGAAAAGAUAAGACAUAAUAAUAAUGAUGAUGAACAAGUAGAAGAUAAAAAGAAAGAAAACAAAAAUAUUUAUAAUAAUUACAAUAAUUUACAAAAUAUGAAUAAUGAAAAGGAUGGGGCCAAAUAUUAUGUGAACACUAAUUUAGUAAAAGAGAGUAACUAUGAACAUUUUCAUAAUUAUGUAAAAGUAAAAAGCGAUAUAAAUAAAAUAAAUCAUGUGGAUAAUAUAAAGGAAAAAAAUAGAGUAAAUACCAUAAGUGCAGAAAAUGUUAUAAAUACUGUACAUAUUAUACCAAAAGGUAUUUAUGACAAAAUAAAUAAUUAUAAUAAUAUAAACAAUAUAAAUAAUUCGAAGGACUUACAACAUUUUAGAGAAAACAAUGAAUUGAUAAUAAAUGAAGGGAAUUGGAAAAAUCAAUUUUUUAAAAAUGGAAAAUUCAAAAAUUGUAUAACAUAUAAGAAUAAGAGUAGAUAUUAUAACAACAUUAAAGGGAAUAAUAUUAAUAAUAAUAAUAUGAAUAAUUAUAGUAAUAAUUAUUAUAAUAAUAGUUGUAAGAAAGUUAAACGUCUAUGGAAUACAGAUAUAUUUAAAACUAAUAAAAAAAGGAAUAUUAAAUAUGCAUCCUUAUUUAAUAAUAAUUACCAUACAACAAAUAUAAUAUAUGAAAAGAGUAGUAACAAAAGUUUUAAGAAAGAUAUGAUGUCUUAUAUAGAAGAAAUGAAAAAUAUAUAUAUACCUACCAAUGCAGAAUUUGUAAAGGUAGCUGAUGAUAUUAAAAAUAAAUAUUAUAAAGAUAAUAUAUAUGAUGGAAAUAAUAUAUGUGAUGGAAAUAAUAUAUAUUGUAAUAAUAAUAACAUAUGUUGUAAUAAUAAUAACAUAUGUUGUAAUAAUAAUAACAUAUAUUGUAAUAAUAAUAACAUAUAUGAUAAUAAUACGUGUGACAAAUUAAAAAGAACCAAACAAAAUGAAAGAAAUAUAAUAGAUAUAUUUGAAAAUGAAUAUAUAAAUAAUUCUUUCUUAGAAUUAUAUUAUAAUAUAGGAAAAGACAUUAUAUAUUUAGUACAUGUUAUGAAACCAACACUUUAUGAAAUAUAUAUGAGAAGAAGUGUAUUAUAUAAUUUACAUUUAUUUUUAAAAGAAAUAUAUAGCGACUAUUGUAUGAUCAUAUUUGGUUCUUGUAAUAAUGAUAUAGAUAUAUAUAACUCAGAUAUUGAUAUAUGUAUAUAUAAUACAAUACAAUCAGAUUUAAUUAAUAUUAGAAAAUUAUAUAAAAAUAUGUUACAUCAUCCACUUUUUGAAAAUGUUAGUAUUAAAAAAAUUGUACAUGCAAAAGUACCCAUUAUUAAAUGCUUUUUUAAUUAUACAAAAUUAUCGGUUGAUAUUUCUUUUAAUCAACUAAGUGCCCUCACAAGUACAAUACAAACACAAACCUAUAUACAAAAAAAUCCAUUAAUAAAAUAUAUACUUAUAUUCUUAAAAAUGUUUUUGUAUCAACAUGAUUUAAACGAUGCCUCCAAGGGGGGAAUCAGUUCCUUUAACAUCUUAUUAUUGCUGGCCCAAUUUUUGAAUUCGCAAAGUUUUAUAUUUUAUGAAAAACAUAAUGAGGAAAAUAGUAAUCUGAAUAAUAAUGAUAAUAUCCAUACAAAUAAUAGCAAUAAUAAUAAUAUCCAUACAAAUAAUAGCAAUAAUAAUAAUAUCCAUACAAAUAAUAGCAAUAAUAAGAAUAAUAGUAGUGAUCUCCUUAGAGGGGAACAUAUAAAGAACGAACUUCUUUUCAUAGGUGAAGUAGUCUUUAAAUUUAUUUAUUAUUAUGGUCUUUUUAAAGAUAAAAAUAAAUUAUUUUAUUUUUUACAAAAUCAUUAUCAUACAACUAAUUUGUUAAACCAUAUUUCCUUUUUUAGUACAAACAAAUCUUCAAAACAUUUUUAUGCACAUAUGAACGAUUCAGCUAACAUAUUUCAUGACAUUUUUUGUAAAAUACAAAUUAUUAAUCCAGUUGAAAAAGAAAAUGUUUCUAGGAUUUCUUUUGAUAAAAUUAUAAAAAUUAGAUUGUGUUUUAAACAAGCAGCUUUUUCAAUGAUCACACUCAUUUUAAAUUAUAUAAAUAAAUAUAUUUUUAAGAAAUCUGAUAUUCUAAAACAUCAUACACAUUCGUAUUAUAAAAUAUUUAAUAAUUGUAUCCAUUUCAUUUCCUUAUUAAACUCUUUAGGAGAUACCUUUCUUAGUAAGAAUCUAAAUAAUUAUUAUAACUUUGUUUAUAAUAAUGUAAACACACUUUUACAAAUAUUGAAUGAUAAUCAAGAAGAUAUGGAAAAAAUAAAAACCGAUUCCGAAGACAUUAAUGAGAAAUACAUCAGUGAUCAUAAAAGCCACAAUCUAGAAGAUAAACAAAUCAGUGAUAUUAUAUCAUGUCAAAAAUCCCAACAAAUAUAUACACAACAAAAUGUAUAUAAUAAAUCAUUUAUACAAACACAUAUAGGAGACCAUGUUCAUAUAAGUAAUGUUACAUCAGCAUAUAACGAUUUAGAUAAGGAACAAAUAAAUACGAUAGAACCUCAUUUUAAAAAUGAAGAAAAAAAAGAAACACAAACGAAAUCCGUACAACACUCAGACAAUUUUAUAAAAUUUAAAGAAAUUAAUAGUGAUAAUACUACAUAUGAAAAAAAUAAAAUCAUUUAUACGAAUGAUAAUAUGGAAGUGAGUACGGACAGUGGCUUAUCCAUAUGGAAUAAUAUAAUAAACAUACAAGAAAAUAAUAAUAAUGAUAAUGAUAAUAAUAAUGAUAAUAAUAAUGAUAAUAAUAAUGAUAAUAAUAAUGAUAAUAAUAAUGAUAAUAAUAAUAAUAAUAAUGAUAAUAAUAAUGACCAAGAAAAAGACAACAUGUCGGACAUAAAAAAUAUUAAAUUAGGUAAUAAGAAACUUAUUAAACAAUUGCAUACAUAUAUUAAAAAACGUGAUUUACAAAAAUUCAAAAAUAAAAUUAAAAAAAUAUUUAAAUCAUUUGAUAAUAAUAAUAAUAAUAAUAAUAAUUUAAAAAAUAAGCCUAGCGAAUUCGUUAAAAAUAUUUGUCAACAUUUAACGACACUUAAUCAUUUUAUGGAUGUUCAUGACAUUUUAUCCAAACGGUUUUAUUAUUAUUAUAUAUAUAAUGAUACGUUUAAAGAAUUGAAAAAUGAUGUUUUAUUAACAAAUGAUAACAAACUAAUUCAGAAACAAAAAAAAGAAAUGUUAAAAAAGUUAAUCAAAAUGAAAAAUUAUUACGCAUAUAAUUUUUUGAAUCUAGACAUAAACACUAAUGUUUUUGUACAACCAGAGGUACAACAGUAA